AAGACCCAAACAUUUCACCCCGUGCGUGCCUGCCUGCCACAAUCCAUUUUACGAUUCACGACACGAAUCCGAUCUAAAAAUGGGUUAUUCUCACGGAUCGGUUAACCCACGGAUCCGUAUCUUUGUCUGUGUUUGACCAACCCAACCAGGGCUUGUGUACACAGUUUCCAGAAUUCCAAGUCAUAGGGCUUGUGCUCUUUACUAUCUGACUGAAUUUAUGAAGGGGUUUUUCAAGCAUUUCACUCUUGGUGGGGUGAGGGGGUUCGCUGUGGGGCGUGGUACAGCACCCAAUACCCAAAACCUUAAGAUUGAAGGAAUUAAAGACAUCAUAGCGGUUGCUUCAGGCAAAGGUGGUGUUGGCAAGUCCACCACUUCUGUUAAUUUGGCUGUUUCACUUGCCAAUAAGUGUCAACUUAGAGUCGGGUUGCUGGAUGCUGAUAUCUAUGGGCCUUCAAUUCCUAUGAUGAUGAGACUCCAUGGAAAGCCUGAAGUGAGUCAAGAUAGGAAGAUGAUUCCAAUUGAAAGUUAUGGCGUUAAAUGUAUUUCAAUGGGAUCUCUUGUGGAGGAAGGUGCAGCAAUCGUAUGGAGGGGACCUAUGGUCAUGAAAGCUCUUGAGCAGAUGACUAGAGGAGUUGAUUGGGGAAUCCUAGAUAUUCUUGUGGUGGAUAUGCCCCCAGGUACUGGAGAUGCUCAGAUAUCUAUUUCCCAGAGGCUUCAGUUAUCAGGAGGAUUGAUUGUUUCAACUCCUCAGGAUGUUGCAUUAAUGGAUGCUCGCAGAGGUGCUAAAAUGUUUUCCAAAGUUAAUGUUCCGAUUCUAGGAAUCUUGGAAAACAUGAGCUACUUUAAAUGCCCAAAUUGCAAUGAACCCUCAUAUAUCUUUGGCAAAGGAGGGGCUCGUAAAACAGCUGACGAAAUGGGCAUGAAGUUUCUUGGUGAGGUACCACUAGAAGUAGGGAUCAGAAGUGGUUCUGAUGAAGGUCUCCCAAUUGUAGUAUCAGAACCUGAUUGUGUAGUAUCCCAAGUGUAUGGUGAGAUUGCUGAGAAAGUUGUGAAAGGACUUGAAGAAUUGGAGCAGGAGCAACAUUUCCGACCAGAGAUAAGUUUGUGAUGUGAUAGACACCAAGUGCAGACGUGAGGUUACGUGACUAAUAAUAUUAUUAUGUCAAAUCUCUAAUUGGAAGAGGGUAUGAUGCUUCAAGCACCCGUAUCUGAUUGAAAUGAACUCCCAGCUCUCUUCCCUUCUCAGAUGCGAAGAAAUGGAGCAAUGUCAGCAGAAGUGGGAAUAUAUUUUUGGUUUCCAGAGCGCAGGAUUUUGUUUUAAUUGACUGACAUGACAUCUAGAGUGUAGGAGGUUUUGGUUUGGUGCUUUACAGAGAGAAAAAGCAUACUCCGUAGAUGUUAAGACUUUAAAAAAUUUCAUUACUAUUUGGAGAGCUACAAGUAGUUGAAAUUUGAAGAGGAGGAGGGGAUUUGAUUUACUUGUCGUCUAAUAAGCUGCCCAGCCGAAACUGAAAUACAUUAGCUGAAAGUGAAAUAGAAAGCCGAAAAGAAUGUUUCUUGCUCUAUAAAUUAUGCAUCAAAUGAAAUGAAGAUUCGGUAUUUGUAAA